CUGAUAUUUCUGCCGGAUCUGAAAGAGUGGUCUCAGAUGGAUCUGCUAUAAUGCCAUCUGCCAAAAUAGAAGGGGUCCCAGGUAUUACUUCCUUUCCACAUGACUUACCGCUAAAGAAAAAUAGCCGAAAAAAGAAGUUAAGUAAAACAAGUGUAGCCUCUACUGAGACGGAUGAUACUAUUAACCAUACUCUCUCUAAUGAUAAUAUAUCUAGGAUGGGAUCUGAACUUGAAAAAGUAUUAAAAGAAAUAGAUAACAUCGGUAAUUCCAUUCCUUGA